GUCAAGUCAAAGUUCGAGAUUACGUGAUUUCGGUCCAGCAUUUCCAAAUUCCUCCGCGAGAACGAACGUGCGUACGUCGCGUACGUGAAGGCUGGUUGUUUUGCAUUUUGCAAGUCUGCUGAAACGAAAGUGAGAAUUUUUCCAGCUCAUAACUAAAGAUCGCCCAAAAUGCCAGCAGUUCCCGGAAGUGUGUACGGACAGAACCAGCAGCCAUCCUGUUUCGAUCGGAUGAAAACAGGGUUCACCAUUGGAUUCUGCGUAGGAAUGGCGAGCGGUGCUCUGUUCGGUGGAUUCUCCGCUUUGAGAUACGGAUUGCGAGGACGUGAGCUGAUCAACAAUGUCGGUAAAACCAUGAUUCAAGGCGGUGGCACAUUCGGUACCUUCAUGGCAAUCGGAACCGGAAUUAGAUGUUGAUUGAACUAGUUUGUAAAGCGUUAGAAUGUGGGCCCCAAUAAAGAAUGACGAAUGAAUGACAAAAAAA